CUGCGCAUCCGUCUUCCCGCACCACCCCAGGGAAUGUCGCAGCCGGUUUUGCGGCCGGCUUCCCCGUAGGCAGGGCCGACCUGUGCCGGCCCCCUCGUUCCGCUGCGGACAGCAGCAUCCCCACGCUGUGCUGAGGCAGGCCGCUCGCCCCGCAACGCGCCGCGUCGCGCCGGCUCCCGGAGCUGCGGGCGGAUAUGGCGGGGUCCGGCGGGGCGGCGGCGCCGCUGGUGCUGUACCACUGGACGCAGUCCUUCUCCUCGCAGAAGGUGCGCCUAGCCAUCGCUGAGAAAGCGCUAACAUGUGAAGAACAUGAUGUAAAUCUGCCCCUGAGUGAACACAACGAGCCGUGGUUUAUGCGCUUAAAUGCUUCCGGAGAAGUACCCGUCCUCAUCCAUGGGGAAAAUAUUAUUUGUGAUGCAACGCAGAUCAUUGAUUAUCUCGAAGCAACGUUUGUAGAUGCAGAAGUGCCAAGACUAAUGCCGGAAGAAGGGAGCAUGUAUUACCCAAGGGUGCAACACUACAGAGAGCUUCUAGACUCCUUGCCUAUGGAUGCCUACACGCACGGCUGCAUUCUGCACCCUGAGUUAACUGUGGACUCCAUGAUUCCAGCCUAUGCUACAAGCAGAAUCCGUAGUCAAAUAAGUAAUACAGAAUCAGAGUUGAAAAAGCUUGCAGAAGAAAAUCCAGACCUUCAAGAUGCCUACAUAGCAAAACAGAAGCGCCUUAAAUCUAAACUGCUGGAUCAUGAUAAUAUAAAAUACCUAAAGAAAAUACUGGAUGAACUGGAGAAAGUUUUGGAUCAGGUUGAAACUGAAUUGCAGCGUCGAAAUGAAGAAACACCGGAAGAUGGAAGUCAGCCUUGGCUAUGUGGUGAAUUCUUCAGUUUGGCAGAUGUAUCACUUGCUGUCACGUUACAUCGGUUGAAAUUUCUUGGAUUAGCAAGAAGAAACUGGGGAAAUGGAAAACGGCCGAACUUGGAAGCAUAUUAUGAGCGUGUCCUGAAGAGAAAAGCAUUUCACAAAGUUUUAGGACACGUCAACAAUAUAUUAAUCUCAGCAGUUCUCCCAACUGCAUUUCGAGUGGCCAAGAAGAGAGCACCCAGAGUUCUUGGCACCACCCUGAUGGUCGGCAUGCUAGCAGGAAUGGCUUAUUUUGCUUUAGUGUGUCUUCGGAAGAGAUUUGCCAACAUGAUGUUAUCAAUUAGAACCAGACAAAAUUAUUCUUAGAUUUGUUUGCCCCUGGUGGUAAGUGGAGGCCAUCUCUACUCCACCAGUAGACUAUACCCAAUAAAAUAUAAGGGUGUAAGAAAGGUUAUGUUUGUGAAUUAGAACUUUCUCACAGUAAUCAUCUCCUGCAGUUGUAUAAUUUGAUUGACAAUGCUGACAUAUUUGCAGAAAAUACAUAUGGGGGGGGGAGGGCAACAGGGGAAAGAAUCAUCAUAGACUCAUAGAAUUUCUUGGGUUGGAAGGGACCUCAAGGAUCAUCAAGCUCCAACCUCCCUGCUCCAGGCAGGGCCACCAACCUCCCCAUUUAAUACUAGACCAGGCUGCCCAGGGUCCCAUCCAAUCUGGUCUUGAUCACCUCCAGGGAUGGGGCAUCCACAACCUCUCUGGGCAGCCUGUUCCAGCACCUCACCUCUCUCAUAGUAAAGAACUUCCCCCUGACAUCCAACCUAAAUCUUCCCUCGUUCAACUUAAAGCCAUUUCCCCUUGUCGUGCUGUUAUCUGCCCUUUCAAAGAGUUGGCUCUGCUCCCGAUUGUAGGCUCCCUUUUUUAGGUACUGGAAGGAAGAUACUUUCUUUUCAGGUGUGAAGAUGUAAAGGCUGUGAUAGUUUUGUAGAAGUGAUUAGUGUUUCUAUCUCCUUUACCUAGUAGCUGACCUGAUUAUAAUAUAUUUAUUUAAUAGCUGCAGGAGUGUGACAGCUUUUCACUGUGGGCAAAAUUCAUUACUGUGCAGAAACCAGCAUUGUUAAAAUACUGAAGAUAGUACUUAGUUUAAAUGCACAGAGUAGGAUUUGAGUGCCAUGUAAGCUCCGUGCCUUUCAUGUAUGAGUUGAAUAUCUCCGUACUGAUGAAUGUCUACUGAUUUGCAGUUGGAUAUUUAAGAAUGUAUUAUUAAGCAGCCUUCUAGAGCCACUUUUCUCCAAGUAUGUUAUUCAUUCAGUAAUGCAGGAAGAGACCUGAAAAGCAUAUAAAUAUCCAUGAUUUGUGGGCCACUUGAGUGAAAUUCUUUAGAGGCAUCAGCAGCCAGCAGAUUCUGGACUUCUCUUGAUACACAGAUGAGAGUGCAAAACUUGAUACUUGCCUUUUUAGUGUCUUUUGGGCAGCCUUUGUCCCAGCCAGAUACCCAGUUCAGCUACAAGGCCUGGCUGAGUCACGCCAAACUAUCCCAGUGCAAAUGUCCUACUUUCAUUCCUAUCUCCUCCUUCUAUCUUGCUCUUGUGGUGGCUUGAUGCACUUUUCUCCGUAUCAGUGUCCCACAUACACCCUCUUGUUUCCACUUUGAGCACUGGCUGGAUUUUUUUUGCAUGUGACUUAGCUAUGUUAGCAAUUGCAUGAGCCUCUAUGAAAUGUUUGCCCACAGUGUUCCACAGCCAACUAGAUAAUGUAUGUACAACAAUGCAUUCUGUAAAAACAAUUUAAGAUAGUCUGGUUGGAUAACCUGUGUUGCAGGUUUAGCAACCUUUUUACUUAGAGAGUUAUCAUAUUGGUGAUAAGUGAAAAAUAUAGCUCGUUUUGGGAAUAGAUGCAGAUUUCUUUGCAAAGCUACAGUCUUGUAGGGAAGGUGUAGAGAAACACCGAUACUUUCCACGGCUCAGUAAGUAUUAACACUUCCAUUAUGUUUGAACUGAGCUCCCAUUUCAGAAAGAAAUGCCCAUCUACCUGAAGGUAGACUUUGAAUCAUUUUGCUGAGAGAAAGCAGUGAGUAAUUGCUGAGAAUUCUGACAGCUGUUUAGUAAGUUUUCUGUAUUCUUUCUGAAUGUUCCACCAAGUUAACAAACACAGGGUAAACCUUGUAACUUAAUACUUCCCUGGCAUGUUCUUAUGGCAGGCCAUCUGUAAAAUACACUCUGAUCAAGUCACAGUAAAGUUCAAUAUUUAUGACAGCUCCCUGUAGGAUAGAUUUAGUUUUUAUUUUUUUUCCCUUUUUUUCUUUUUGAAAUGUGUUAGUUUUAGUUAAGAACACACAUUUCCACUUCUGUGCUGAGAUAUGGGGUAAUUAUUGAUGAAGCUGUUCAGUUUUCCUUCUCCCCAAGCUUGAUCGCUGUACGUCAGCUGGUGCUCAUUGCUUCCCAGGAUCUGCAGAUAUUGUUGGGAAGGACUGAACUGUCCACCAGAUGUCAGUGGUCCUCCAGGGCAUGCAUGCCUCUGAGAUGUACAGGAAAUCAUGAAGUUUUCACAAACAAGAUGCCGAUGAUCUCAGUGUAAGAUGGAUAAUGUGAGCAUGCUCACGAAACCAGUAGUCUUGAGCCUUGAAACAACUGCUUUGGUCUACUGCAGGCUAGUUUUGUAAUAUUUAUAAGUUUUGCUUGUGAGUAGUUUCUAUACUAGUUAAUUAAGAUUGUUCAACAGAGAAGAAAGCUCAAAUGAUGGCUCACAUUAAAAUGAAUGCUACUGAAUAGCAAUUAAACUUGUCUGCAGGAAUGAACAGGGAUAAAACUUGCUGAGAAAAGUUUGGGUCCCUAGUUUUGAUAAAGUUCUAUUCAACUAAAGCUACUCACUUUCACAAUCCUGAAAUACAGUGCACAACAUUGAUUUCUGUGCAGGUGGCAGCAAAAGGCUUAUCUGUGAUUGUAUUCUAAAGAUUUUAAAAUACAUACACUAUAUAUGACUCUUUGUGCACAGUACCUUUUGUGUGGUUCUUGUAAGUUUUCUUUUCAGCCUGCCUUAUUUUCUUUGCUGAGUACCUCUGGAUGCUGUUUAUAUUGGAUACACAGUCUUCUGAUUUUCAUUUACUAUUUGCUUUCAUAUCAUGCAUCAGAUAACAUUUCAUAUCAUGUCUUUAUAUGUGGGACCAGGAAAAUAAACAUAGAUUCUGAGAUUA